AUGGAUCCAGAUGCUGGCAUCCCCGUUGAAGCCGCCCCCUCUGUUUUCAGCUACGUGCUCUCCUUCUUACUCGUCGGCGUCGCAUGGGGCUUCACAACCCCCUUUAUCCGCCGCGCCGCCGCAGACUUCAACGCCCGACAAGAGAAGCAAGCAAACGAAUCGAACUCCCUAGAGCGCAGAAGAGGACGCUCACAAGAUUCGCCGCAAACCGGGUUCUCGGAUGCGGGUGAGGCACAGGAAUUGGUCUUUCGGGAGGAAGAAGAAGACAGUGACGAGGAUGGUGUGCGGAGGCGGAGUACGAGCAGCAGUGAUGUGAACCGGAAACCGAAGACUGCGGAUGCAGAUACAGGGCCGGAUGGUGAAGUCUCUGGACAGAGCGGGAGUCGCGAUACUACGGAAGACAGGGAAAGCGGCGCAGAUGAGGACCGGGACGAUAUACCUACGCCGGCGUGGAGGCGUGGAGCUCCUGUGAAGCAGUCGUGGCUGCGGGCGAAGGUUGUUUCUGUUUUCUGGACGGUUGUUAAUCUGCUUCGCACGCCUGCGUAUGCGAUUCCCUUGGUUAUCAAUCUCACGGGCAGUAUUUGGUUCUUUUUGCUUGUUGGGAAACAUGAACUCUCUUUAACUGUUCCGCUUGCAAACUCGAGUGCGUUCUUGUUUACUGUUCUUGGAGAGUGGUAUGUUGAGCGCAAGGUGAUUGCAAAGCAGACAUGGUUGGGGAUGGGGCUGGUACUUGGAGGAAUUGCAUUAUGUGUGCAUUCUAAGAACCAGGCUUCUUGA